CAGCCCGGCACGUGACGUGGGGUAAGUUCCUGCUGUGGCUUGAGGGAAACAGAUCGACAUUGAGCCACGGGAGAAUCGCACUUUGCGGCCUGUGGAAGCCCCCCUCCCUGAGCGAUGGCCUCACCAGUCUCAGUCUACAACUCCAACCCCUUGGACACACACAUCUCCAGUACCUCCAGAGAGUCUCUGAAGAUGGAGUUGUUAGCUGACGUGACUCUGCUGCCGGGGGAGGAGAGAAUUAUCGAUAAAGACAUCAUCUACAUCUGUCCGUACAGCGGAGCAGUGAAAGGCAAAGUGCUGAUCACCAACUACAGACUCUACUUCAAGAGCUCAGAUGCUGACGUUACGGUGACGCUGAACGUUCCUCUGGGUGCCAUCAGUCGUGUGGAGAAGAUGGGCGGGGCAUCGAGCAGAGGAGAAAACUCUUACGGCCUGGAUAUCACUUGCAAGGACAUGAGGAACUUGAGGUUUGCCUUGAAGCAGGAAGGUCACAGCAGGAGAGAUAUCUUCGAGCUCCUCUUCAAAUACGCCUUCCCCCUCUCACACAGUCUGCCGCUGUUUGCUUACGUGACUCAGGAGAAGUAUGGAGAGAACGGCUGGGACGUCUACAAACCCAUCGAGGAGUUCAGACGGCAGGGCUUACCUAAUAACAAGUGGCGUAUAACAUUCAUCAAUAAGAACUAUGAGCUGUGUGACACCUACCCCACUGUGCUGACUGUACCCUUUAAAAGUAAAGAGGAGGACCUGAGACGAGUGGCUGCCUUCAGGUCCAGAGGACGCAUACCGGUUCUGUCAUGGAUCCACAGAGAGAACCAGGCAGUGAUCGUCCGCUGCAGUCAGCCUCUGGUUGGGAUGUCUGGGAAAAGAAACAAGGAUGACGAGCGCUACCUCGACAUGAUCAGGGAGGCAAACGACACCGCCAAGCUCACCAUCUAUGAUGCUCGGCCCAGCGUCAACGCUGUGGCCAACAAGGCCACAGGAGGAGGCUACGAGGGUGACGAGUACCAAAAUGCAGAGCUCAUCUUUCUGGACAUCCAGAAUAUCCACGUCAUGAGGGAAUCUCUGAAGAAACUCAAGGACAUUGUCUACCCCAAUGUGGAGGAAUCUCAUUGGCUGUCCAGCCUAGAGUCGACACACUGGCUAGAACACGUAAAGCUGGUGUUGUCUGGAGCCAUCCAAGUAGCAGACAAGGUAUCCAGUGGGAACUCGGUGGUGGUUCACUGCAGUGACGGCUGGGACCGGACUGCUCAGCUCACCUCUCUGGCCAUGCUGAUGCUGGACAGUCAUUACCGCACGCUCAGAGGAUUCCAGGUGCUGAUUGAGAAGGAGUGGAUCAGCUUUGGGCACAAGUUUGCCUCAAGGAUAGGUCACGGUGACAAGAACCAUGCAGAUCAGGACAGAUCGCCCAUCUUCGUACAGUUCAUUGACUGUGUGUGGCAGAUGACUAAACAGUUUCCAACAGCAUUUGAGUUUAAUGAGCGCCUCCUGCUGACAAUCCUGGAUCACCUCUACAGCUGCUGCUUCGGGACUUUCCUCUACAACUGUGAGAGCGCACGAGACCAACAUGAGGUGAGGUCGAAGACGGUGUCUCUGUGGUCUCUGGUCAACAGUAAGAUGGAAAUGUAUUUAAACCCCUUCUACACCCCGGAGUCCGGCAGGGUCCUUUACCCCGUUGCCAGCAUGCGCCACCUAGAGCUGUGGGUAACAUACUACAUCCGCUGGAACCCACGCAUACGACAACAGCAGCAGAGUCCGGUGGAGCAGCGCUACAUGGAGCUGUUGGCCCUCAGAGACCAGUACUUGAAGAAGCUGGAGGAGCUUCAGCUGUCCGACUCCUCCCCUUCCUCCCGUCUGGCUAACAACCCCAACACCUCCUCCUCCAGCUCCUCCACACCUCCACAGCAAUACACACAGCUACACACUCCUCUCUGA